AGAAUGAGUGUUUAUUCUAUGGGCGGGUGGGGCUCCACACAAGUCAAGUGAGGUCAGUGAGUCAGUGGUAGGUCUCGUGUACCAAUGAGGUCUUGUGUGGGACGUCUAAUGUCUGACGUCUUGUGUGCGUCAUUUGUUGCACGUCACUUGAAGCAGGAAAAGGCGUCAUAUGGGCGGGAGUAGAGGUUGAGGUUGGUCCUUGUUAGGCCCUGCUAAGCUGGAGACCUCAGUCCGGCUUGGAGAACGAGAGGACAGAGAGACAGUGAGGCACACGGCAGUGCCAGGGUCUCUGCCCUCGUGAAGGAGACCGCUCCGAUCAACGGAUUCUCGUACGUCAGCAGUGACUCAAGAUAUCUGGACCAGUGAGAGAGAAAUAACGGGACGCUUAGAGAAAGGAUAUAUUAGAAAUUGUAUCGUGUUGCAAAUUGAUUUGGAAAAUUCUCGAUUAUUAAGAACUUUCUUUAUCACAUCUAUAUUGCUUUGUGUUGGUUAGAGGGGAUGCGCGAUGGUGGAUCGGAGUUAAGUUCAAGUAUAAUUAGCACUUUAGUGUAAGUGUGCGCGUACGGUAAAGUCGGCUUGACUCGGUACAGGAUAUGUUCAAAUACCCUAUUGGAACCAGAAAACUCUGCAUCCAUUCAUGGAUAGCUGGACUGAGAUACGUAUCCCCGAGCAUCAUAAAGUAAUGGUCAGUUUGCAAGAAGCCAAUAUCGAAGAAUCUGAACGGUGCAGAUCGUACAAAAUUUCUCUUUACACUGAACGUUUUCUAAACAAGUCUGUGAUCGAUGAGUUUUGUACCAGUCACAAGCCACCUGUUUCUCUCUACAAUGUCAGCAAGCUGUACAUUCACUUAAAGUCUGUGUUAUAUCCAGAGACAGGAUUUCGCCUUGAUUUCUCUUUUCACGCCCUCUCCGCUCUUCCCCAACAACUGAGGACGGCAGGUGGAACUGCUCUGUGCCGCACUGGCCCGACUUCCGCCUGCACUUCCGGUGUAACCUGGUGUCCGACUGCGUGGGCGGCGAGGACGAAGUGGACUGUCCUUACACCAGUCACGUGUGUGGUCCAGGCUUCCAGUCAGCUAAUGGCACAUGUCUACAGUUUGUGAAGACAGACCAUAAAGUCUCGUGGAACACAGCUGCGGAAACCUGCGACUCUCGAGGUAUGCUGCUGAUGGCAGCGAGCACACUGGCAGAAUGGGAGGCAACUGUCGAUAUUAUGCUAUAUCGUCCGUGUACUGACUUGUUUUACGGGCUUGUAAUAGCUUCCCCUGCAUUGCCAUACAUGUACAGUCAAGGGUUCACAGGGCUGGAUGGAAUAUUCCGCCACUUUCUGCCAAUAGAUGUUCAUUAUAUAUUUAGCGACUGCAUUGGCAUCUACUUUCACCAAAAAAAACUACAUAUAAAAACAUUAGCCUGCACCAAUCCGAUGCCGUCUUCAUUCUUCUGCAAGUUUGCCGUUAGUGGCGACGACACUUUACCACAGAUGCCGGUGUCACUCACAGCCAACUGGUCAGUGGACGUCUUGCAGUGUCCGUCAGUCCACUACACACACACUUUCCUCGCUUGUGAUGUCAAGAGUGAGUGCUGGGCGGACAAGUACGACAACGCUAAGACAUGUAAUACUCCUCUGACGUCACUUCCGCCUUCAUUCUCGUGUAUCAACGAGUAUCAACGUGUGCCCUACUCCCUUGUGUGCGAUCAUCGCCCUGAUUGCAUCGAUAACAGUGACGAGAACUUUUGCAUAUUUUCUUCGUGUUCACGUAGCAAAAAUGUUUUCGAGUGUACCAACAAACAGUGCAUUCACGUUGGGCUGCUAUGUGACAAUUUCUGGCAUUGUGCUGAUGGUUCAGACGAAGUCAUGUGCAGCGAGCGAGGCUAUCUACAUGUAAAAAUGGGAAACCUUACCCUUCCGUCAUAGACAUUGACUUUGAUGGCUAUCUAAGAGCAGUAAAGCCGCUGUCUAUGACACGUGAACCUCUGUGUCCUGAAACCCAUUUCCAGUGUCCAGGAAGUAACUUCUACUGUUUCCCAGUCUAUGUUCGCUGUAAUGGUGUCUUUGACUGUCCUGGUAAACAGGACGAGACGGCGUGUGACACCUACACCUGUCCCGGCUACUACCGCUGCCGCUCGUCACACGUCUGCCUGCACCCUGAUCACGUGUGUGACGGUUGGUCACAGUGUCCUGAGGGAGACGACGAGCUGCUGUGUGACCUUUCUUGUCCUGACACGUGUGUGUGUCACGGACUGGCCUUCACCUGCACGGCAAGGUUUGCAGCAUCCAGUUACCUGGAACUUCGGUAUCUUGAUGCAAGUGGCUCGGGGAUGACCCCCAGAGAUGUUGUCAAUAACACCAUGAUUGUUUAUCUCAGCUUUAACAACUGUAGUAUCAGGAUUUUUGACGAUCUGAACUUCGUUAACCUUAGGAUCCUUGACCUAAGUGAUAACUAUAUUAAAUCAUUAGGUUAUAAUAAUUUCUGUAAUUUACAUAAUCUGAGAUCUUUGGAUCUUUCAGGUAAUCCUCUUUCAUCCUUACACCCAAAUGACAGACCUCCUCAUCCUGUACUAGGGCAGGUAAUAGACCUUGAUGUUUCCAGAGUUAAGUUUUCAAUACUGGAUGUUAUAAUUUCUGAAACAUUUCCUAAUCUACAGAAACUCAAUCUCUCUGACUGCGGCGUUGAAACCGUUGCUGGCGAGGUGUUUACAAACCUGAUUGAACUACGAAGUCUAGAUUUAAAGGGGUCUACUGUGAACUAUUUCCCACCACAAACAUUUACCUCCUUAAGUAAGUUAGAGUCCCUCUAUACUGACAACUACAAGGUCUGUUGUCCAGCCUCUCUUCCUGAACGGUUUAUUCUGAAAAAGUGUGAAGCGCCAUCUGACGAGAUCUCGUCCUGUGAUGCUCUCCUGCGCUCAGACACAUACCGUGUCUUCCUCUCGUUAUUCGCGUCUUUAGCUCUGAUGGGCAACGCGGGAAGUUUUAUUUACCGUGUGUUUAUCAGUAAGAAAACAAGCAACCUUGGUUUUGAUGUCUUUGUCACUAAUUUAAGUAUAGCUGACUUUGUGAUGGGUGUGUACCUGGCCAUCAUAGGAAUAGCUGACCGUGUGUACCUGGGAAACUACUUGUGGAACGACUUAAAAUGGAGAAAUAGUUUUGUGUGUAAGCUGGCCGGCUUUCUCUGUCUACUGUCUAGUGAAGUGUCAGCUUUCAUUAUCCUUCUCGUCACAUUAGACCGACUCCUUGUCAUCGCGUUUCCAUUUAGUGUCCUUCACUUUUGUAAAAGUUCUGCGUGGAUAGCUUCCGGUAUAGUAUGGAGUUUAGGUGUUAGUAUUGCAGUGAUUCCUUUGCUGCCACCAACAGCUGUUUGGAAAUUUUACAGUCAGAACGGUAUCUGUAUUCCGAUUCCAUUUAUCAGGAACUACUUUGCAGGUAACGACUACUCUUUUGGUGUCAUGAUUAUACUAAACAGUAUUUUCUUCCUGUUCAUUGCUGCCGGUCAGGCUUUUAUCUUUUGGUCUGUAAGAGUCAACAGUAUGACAAACUCCGACUCAUCCAUGAAAACCAAGGACCUGACCAUCGCCCGUCGACUGAUGACAGUGGUUGUGUCUGACUUUUGCUGCAAGUUCCCCGUGGCCUUGCUGGGACUUCUAGCGGCCCGCGGCACGCCAGUCUCUAGUGAGGUCAUCGUCGCUCUCGUCAUCUUCAUUGUUCCUCUCAACUCUGUUCUGAACCCCUUCCUGUACACAUACAACGUGAUGAUGGAGCGGAGCCGAAAGGCUAGGGAAGUGAAUCUAAAGAAAUAUUUUAUAUCACUUUCUCAAAAAAGAAACACCGAAAUAACUCAGUGUACGUGA